AUGCAAACUCAUCUUAAAUGUGACAUUCCAUAUAUACCCUGCACGCCCCACAGAAUAAAUACGUCAGUGGAGGUGAGUGUACCAGUAUGUGCACUUUUUGAGCUAUUGCAAGAGCUCUUAGUUUCAGUCACAUCCAGCACUAAGCGAUUCGAUGUUUACCGAGAGAAAGUGAAACAAUCCGACGAAGAACUGUUGAUGCUUCGCAAUCUGUCGGCCACACGUUGGGUAGCACACAAAGAAUCUAUUUGUGCCAUAUGGAGCUCCUACGCAGUCGUAUUAGAAGUCCUUGAGGUCCUGACCGACUCCAAGUACGACACAAAAACACGAGUAAAGGCAGGAGCAUUGCAGGAUAAGAUGAAAUCAUUCAACUUCUUGGUGAUGUUGAUGUUCAUGAAAAACGUCAUAGGUAAGACCAAGUGUUUGACUACAGAAGUUCAAAGCAUCGACAUGAAUAUAAUUGAUACCAUCGAAAAUUUCAAAGCAACCAUUACGAUGCUCGAACACAUCCGCAAUGACAGUGAGGGCCUGGAAAAUCAGAUACAGGCGACUAAGUCUGUGGCCGAACAACAUGGCAUCGAUCCUGAUGACGAAUAUAACAGGCAUCACCGCCAACGCAAGAAGCCUCACCGUAUCGACGAUCACCCUGAAACUGCAGCCAAUCUUUGUCUGGUGGAGCAUUACAGGAAAGAAUUUUUUGCGGUACUUGAUGCCCAAAUAAAUGCAAUAAAGGCAAAUCUGGAGGCUGUUACAAAUAUCCUUCAACCGGCCGUGACCUUGCUUCAACCACCCUACAUUGGCCCAGUCGACAAUACAGAAUUGGUACGGUUCUGUGCUAUGUUUCCAGAGUUGAUGUGA